GAAGAGUACAUUGCAACGUUCAAAGGAUCAGAGUAUUUCUGCUACGACCUCUCACAGAAUCCUAUCCAAAGCAGCAGCGAUGAAAUAACUCUAUCCUUUAAAACUCUACAGAGGAAUGGACUAAUGCUUCACACUGGGAAAUCAGCUGAUUAUGUCAACCUUGCCCUGAAAAAUGGAGCUGUCUCCUUAGUUAUAAAUUUGGGCUCAGGGGCCUUUGAAGCACUGGUGGAACCUGUGAAUGGGAAAUUUAAUGACAAUGCCUGGCAUGAUGUGAAAGUAACCAGGAAUCUGCGUCAGCACUCAGGCAUUGGACACGCUAUGGUGACUAUAUCAGUGGAUGGAAUUCUGACCACGACGGGCUACACACAAGAAGACUACACCAUGUUGGGCUCCGAUGAUUUUUUCUAUGUGGGAGGCAGUCCUAGCACAGCAGACUUGCCAGGAUCACCAGUCAGUAACAACUUUAUGGGUUGUCUCAAAGAGGUUGUUUAUAAAAACAAUGAUGUAAGGCUGGAAUUGUCUCGACUGGCCAAACAAGGAGACCCCAAGAUGAAGAUCCAUGGUGUCGUGGCAUUUAAGUGUGAAAAUGUGGCAACCUUGGAUCCAAUCACUUUUGAAACACCAGAAUCCUUUAUUUCUUUGCCAAAAUGGAAUGCCAAAAAAACAGGCUCAAUAUCCUUUGACUUUCGUACUACUGAACCCAAUGGGCUGAUUCUCUUCAGCCAUGGCAAACCACGACAUCAGAAAGAUGCCAAACAUCCACAAAUGGUUAAAGUUGACUUCUUUGCCAUUGAGAUGCUUGAUGGACACCUCUACCUGCUUUUGGACAUGGGAUCUGGAACAAUUAAAAUAAAAGCUUUACAGAAGAAAGUGAAUGAUGGAGAGUGGUACCAUGUUGACUUUCAAAGAGAUGGACGAUCUGGUACUAUUUCUGUCAACACGAUGCGUACUCCGUAUACUGCACCAGGAGAAAGUGAGAUCUUGGACCUAGAUGAUGAUUUGUACCUUGGAGGUUUGCCGGAAAAUAAAGCUGGCCUUGUCUUUCCAACAGAGGUCUGGACAGCCCUUCUAAAUUAUGGCUAUGUGGGCUGCAUUCGAGACUUGUUUAUUGAUGGUCAAAGCAAAGAUAUCCGUCAAAUGGCAGAAAUCCAGAGCACAUCUGGGGUGAAACCCUCAUGUUCAAGAGAAACAGCAAAGCCAUGUCUAAGCAACCCUUGCAAAAACAAUGGAGUAUGUAGAGAUGGCUGGAACAGAUAUGUCUGUGAUUGUUCUGGUACAGGCUACCUGGGCAGAUCAUGUGAACGAGAGGCAACUGUUCUAAGCUAUGAUGGAAGCAUGUUUAUGAAAAUACAACUCCCUGUGGUGAUGCACACAGAGGCAGAAGAUGUGUCCUUACGAUUCAGGUCUCAGAGAGCAUAUGGCAUUCUGAUGGCCACGACUUCAAGAGAAUCUGCUGAUACAUUGCGUUUAGAGCUGGAUGCAGGACGAGUUAAGCUAACAGUCAACCUAGACUGUAUCUGGAUUAACUGUAAUUCCAGCAAAGGUCCAGAGACUCUUUUUGCUGGAUAUAACCUCAAUGACAAUGAAUGGCACACAGUACGUGUAGUUCGAAGAGGAAAAAGUUUAAAGUUAAUGGUAGAUGAUCAACAAGCCAUGACAGGUCAAAUGGCUGGGGAUCAUACAAGACUGGAAUUCCAUAAUAUAGAGACGGGAAUCAUAACGGAACGGCGUUACUUGUCCUCAGUCCCUUCCAACUUCAUUGGUCAUCUGCAAAGCCUCACUUUUAAUGGCAUGGCAUACAUUGACUUGUGUAAAAAUGGGGACAUUGAUUACUGUGAACUAAAUGCCCGUUUUGGCUUCCGGAACAUCAUUGCUGACCCAGUCACCUUUAAGACAAAAGCCAGCUAUGUUGCUCUUGCCACAUUGCAAGCAUAUACAUCUAUGCACCUGUUUUUCCAGUUCAAAACAACAUCAUUGGAUGGGUUAAUACUCUACAACAGUGGAGAUGGCAAUGACUUUAUCGUGGUUGAAUUAGUAAAAGGGUAUUUACACUAUGUGUUUGAUUUGGGAAAUGGUGCAAAUCUUAUCAAGGGCAGUUCCAAUAAACCUCUGAAUGACAACCAGUGGCACAAUGUGAUGAUAUCACGGGAUACCAAUAAUCUCCAUACAGUAAAAAUUGACACAAAAAUCACAACGCAGAGCACGGCAGGAGCAAGAAACUUAGAUCUCAAAAGUGAUCUGUACAUUGGAGGGGUAGCAAAAGAGACUUACAAAUCCUUGCCUAAAUUAGUCCAUGCAAAAGAAGGAUUUCAAGGCUGCCUUGCCUCUGUGGAUCUCAAUGGGCGUCUUCCAGAUUUGAUCUCAGAUGCUCUGUUUUGCAAUGGACAGAUAGAAAGAGGAUGUGAAGGCCCCAGCACCACAUGCCAAGAAGACUCCUGUGCCAACCAAGGUGUCUGCUUGCAACAGUGGGAUGGGUUUAGCUGUGACUGUAGCAUGACCUCUUUCAGUGGGACGCUGUGCAAUGACCGUGAAAAACAUACAUAG